AAUAGACUUUAAUAAAACACACACACACACACACCUCCAGCGUCCCUGCUUCGCGUUGACGUAGGGGGGGGGGAUUUGACGGCUCUACGCGGCUCGGCGGUUUGCUGGUGUUACGGAUUAUAUGGAUCCAUCGUUUUGUUGAUUUGAAAAAAAACGCACGCACAAAAAUUGGCAGCCGGCGGAUAAGAGUUGACCCAGUUGACGCCUCGGCCGGCUCCGUUCCAGUAGGCGCCUCCGAUCCGCCGUCUGACCGCUAAUCCGCCUCCCGGUUGAUGACACGUGCCCUCGCAUCUCCGACGGCUGAUGCGGCUGUGACAUGGGGGAGUGGUGGACAACUGGGCCGAUAGGGACGUCCGUAGGAAACUAUGAGAUCUCCAACAUAUCUCAUGUGACAAUGUCCCCCUCGAGACAGAACAACCUUGCCUCAAUGUAUUCCUCUUUACCGCUGUCCUACAAUGUGCUCGGGGCCUUCUGCACAGAGGAUAACAUCCCCCAGUGCGUUUCAUACAUCAAUCAGGAGCUUGACGCACUGGGCCUCUCUACGUGUAUCGAGGCCAGCACACCGAGGGCCGCCGGCCUGAACUCCGUGCCAGCUCUGAAUGCCAUGUACGAGCUAAUGCAGAUUCACCGGCGCCAUAUGUCUUCUUUGGAGGAGCUUGAAAGGGAACAGCUUAAGAAAUCCAGCACCUUGGACCACGUACAGAUGAACAAUUCCAGACUCAAGGAUCAGUUGGAGCUUUCCAUGAGGGAGAAAUCGGGUCUACACGAAACAGAGCGGCAGCUACAACUCAAAAUUAAAACUCUGCAGAGUUGCUUGAAAACCGAAAAGGAUGAGGUUCAGAAGCUGCAGAGCAUCAUCGCCAGCCGUGCCUCGCAGUACAGCCACGACGCCAAGAGAAAAGAGAGAGAAGCUGCAAAGCUCAAGGAACGCCUCAGCCAGCUACUGGUUGAUCGAAAGGAUAAGAAACUGGCCAUCGACGUGCUGAAUUGUUUGGGACGGUCGGAUGGAAAAAGAAGCCACUGGAGGACCGCGAAAGCAACAGUCGGGCACGAGGGUGAGAUGUACAAGUCCUUGCUCAAUGACUACGAGGCGAGUCAAAGGACCCUGGUGCUGGAGAACGCGGAGCUCAAGAAGGUCCUUCAACAGAUGAAGAAGGAGAUGAUCCAUAUCCUGAGUCCACGCAAGCCGUCUCCCAGAGGAGCCACCGCUGAUGACAGUCAGGAGCAGGCCAACUCAGACGGGGAGGAGAAGGCGGGAGAUUGUAGCAGGGAAACUCUGGACCAAUCCUGUGAGCACGCCAGGGAGCAGCUCGCCAACAGCAUCCGACAGCAGUGGAGGAAACUGAGGAACCACAUGGAGAAGUUGGAUAGCCAAGCCUCGCUUGUGCAGACUCAGCUGGAGUGCAAUCAGGAGUUGAUACUGAGGGAGACUCACGAGGAUGAGAUGGAGAGGAUGAGGCGGGAAGUGCAGCAGUGCAAAGAGUUCAUUCACGCACAGCAACAGCUCCUCCAGCAACAACUCAACACAUCGUUUGAUGACGAGACGGCCGCUCUUCUCAAUGACUGCUACACACUGGAGGAGAAGGAACGUCUCAAGGAGGAGUGGAGGCUCUUUGAGGAACAGAAGAUCAACUUUGAGAGGGAGAGAAAGAACUUCACAGAAGCCGCUAUUCGCCUGGGACGAGAGAAAAAGGCCUUUGAGGAGGACCGUGCUUCUUGGCUCAAGAAUCAGUUUUUGAACAUGACUCCGUUCACAGACCGACGGAGAUGCUCCUCGUCUGAUGGUCAAAGUGCCUUAUCGAUCAAAAGUGAGCCAGAGAUGAGGAUGUCCUCUACGAAGACCCCGCUGGUCAAAUCAUCAACCUACACUCCGUUCUCCACUCCCAAACCUUCGCUAAGUGCUACGGUGCCAUCUACCACUGAACUUUACCGGUCACUCCGCCUGAUGCCAGACAGCAGUUCCUCUAGGCAUUCAAACCGAGGACGCUGGCAAGAGUCCAGCAGCAUUGAAGAUGGAGACGUUGGGGUCAAAUCAAAAAACAGAGUUCGAUCUGGAGACUUGAGUAUCUUCUCUUUGGGUGAAGAUGAGAACAGCCUCGCUUAAAGAACUUCCAGUGCCUCAUUAGUUGUGACUUCAUUUCGCAGUGGACUUUAAUCAAUCAAUUCAUGGUGGAAUUGAACACUACUCAUUGUUCUCAGCAUUUUUGUUUCUUUAUGAACAUUAGCAUUCACCAAAGCUUAUCAAACCAGAAAGCACUUUAAUGAUAUUGCCAUUGUUAAAUUAUUUACUUUACAAAAACCAACAGCGACGUUUCAGAUUUUAAGCAAUAAUCCAAGGAGAUCAACCAAGUUGUGAUUUUGAACAUAAUGGAGUGAAACAUUUUAUGUGUGGAUUAUUUUAAAUGUUUGUUUGUUUACAUUCUUGAACAAAUUUAUACAUUAUGAUUUUAAUAAGAUCCUAUAUUGACAGACGAUUGAUAAUGAUCUGGUAUGACGGUACAAUAAAGAGAUUUGUCUUUUUAA